GAAAAGAAGAUUCCCCUCUGGAAAAUUCCCGUACAUUUCAAGCAAAUGCAGUGUUAGAGCUACCUUGGAAUGGCCACCGUUGAUAUCCUACUUUUUGUCAUAUAAAUGCAGCUUGAAUCUAUCUCCCCCUUCCUCAAUUAAUCCUCAGGGUCAUCAGCUUAUAACAAAGAUGUCCAUAAUUUCCAGUAAAUUUUACGGGUCUUAUGAUCCUUUGAGUUUCGAUGUUUGGGACCCCUAUCAUGAUUUUCAUUGUGGAGGCACUACUCUCGCACCUCACCCAGUAGCUUCCUCCCACGGAGCAACGCCCUUUUCUAAUGCCAAGGUUGAGUGGAAGGAAAACCCAGAGGCACUUGUGGUGAGAGCUGAUCUUCCAGGGCUCAAGAAAGAUGAAGUGAAGGUAGAACUUGAGGAGGGUGACCUCCUAUGCAUAAGCGGUGAGAGGAACAUUGAGAAAGAAGAAAGAGUUGAUAACUGGUACCAUGUUGAACGCAGCAGAGGCAGGUUUGUUCAGCGUUUUAGGUUGCCUGAGAACGCAAAUGCUGAUCAGAUGAAGGCUUGUAUGGAAAAUGGAGUUCUUACCAUCACCGUUCCUAAAAGGGAAAUGAAGAGAACCUCCAAGACCAUUCAUAUUUUCUGAAGACCAAAGGGAUGCAACUUGUCGUUUUAAGCAAGUUAAGGAAUGAGCAAUAAAUGGGACUUUGAUAAAUAAUAAAAUGAGUGGUAAUUGCUGGUUAUUGUAAGAGUUAAUGGAUUUAAUAUAAAUAAAGGCAAUGGUUAAUUGCUGGUUGUUGUAAGAUUAUGAUCCUCCAAUUAAUUAAAAUGAUUUUUUUUU